UGGAAUGCUUUCCACAAAAGAGGUAACAUUAUUCAAAGUUACUUUUCUUAACAAUAAAUGAUAAAACCCAUCCCCCUCACGCCCUCGUUAAACAAGAAGAUUAUGAUUAACCGAUCAAAACCUUUAAUCAGAAUAAGCACUUCACAAAAUCAUCAUCUGUUUUUCACCUUGUUACUAUUUUCCCAGUUGGGUUUUCUAAUUAUUUGUUAAUUUCCACACUGUACAUUGUGGGGAGGAAUUCAGUUGCCGGAUUAAAUUUUGAUCGUUCCACGUAUAAGACUGUAAGCCCAAAUAAAAUUGAGUGCAAUGGGGGAUUAUUACAAUGGAAGCAGUGACGAUCAGUACUGUGAUCGAGUUUGUGAUGAUGACGGAGAAGACUCUGUUGAUGGGCUCCAAGACCCAGAACUUGAGACCGACUUUUCUUGUUGCAGCAAAGGUCCCUCCUGUGAUAAGAAAAGAGUCUCUUCUGGCUGCACAGAAAGAAUACUUGCAAAGAGUAAUGGAUUUGCUGUCCUUAAAGGAGCACCAUGCGCGGACCUUACUCAUUUAUUACCGUUGGGACGUUGACAGAGUUUUUAAUGUGUUUGCAGACAGAGGUAAAGCAUGGUUAUAUUCAGCAGCAGGUUUAUCAGUUAGGAGCAGCGAGGAUCUUAACUCCUCUCAGUCUUCAGACGAAGUAACCUGUCAAAUCUGCUUCGAGGAUGUCCAUGCUAAUGAGUCCACGAUAAUGGAUUGUGGCCAUUGUUUUUGCAACAACUGUUGGACAGAGCAUUUUAUUGUGAAGAUAAAUGAGGGUCAGAGUAGACGGAUUACAUGCAUGGCCCACGAGUGCUAUGCAAUUUGUGAUGAAGAAAAUGUUAGAAAUCUAGUUAGUGGAAGAGAUCCUCAUGUUGCAGAAAAGUUUGAUCGGUUUCUUUUAGAGUCAUAUAUUGAGGAUAAUAAGAAAGUAAAAUGGUGCCCUAGCGUUCCUCAUUGUGGAAAUGCAAUUCGUGUUGAGUGUGAUGAAUAUUGUGAGGUUCAAUGUGCUUGUGGUGUACAGUUCUGUUUCAGCUGCUCAUCUGAAGCUCACUCGCCUUGUUCAUGCCUGAUGUGGAAGCUUUGGACGAAAAAGUGCCAGGAUGAAUCAGAGACGGUUAAUUGGAUUAAAGUGAAUACAAAGUAUUGCCCCAAAUGUUAUAAACCAGUGGAGAAGAAUGGAGGAUGCAACCUAGUACGUUGUGUGUGUGGACAACCAUUUUGUUGGCUUUGUGGUGGAGCAACUGGCGUAAGUCACACAUGGAAUAGCAUUGAAGGUCAUACUUGUGGCCGAUAUAAAGAAGACGAAUUGGAGAAUGCUGAGCGUGCGAAAAAGCAACUUUGGCGCUAUUCUCACUAUUAUAAUCAGUUCAAAGCCCACACAGACUCUUUGAAGCUUGAAGCUACUUUGCAGGACAGGUUACAACAAAAAAUUGUGAUCUUGGAAGCAAAGAACCUUGAAUCGAGGGAUUUUAGCUGGGUGACAGAUGGAUUCAAUAGACUUUUCAGAUCAAGGAGGAUUCUCUCCUAUUCUUAUCCUUUUGCAUAUUACAUGUUCGGUGAUGACCUAUUCAAGAAUGCAAUGACACAGAAGGAAAGGGAAAUAAAACAGAACCUUUUCGAGGACCAGCAGCAGCAGCUUCAGGCUAACAUUGAAAAACUUUCAAUGGUUUUGGAACAGCCUUUUGCUGAUUGGGAAGAAAGGGACGUCCUCAAUACCAGACUGCAGAUUAUUGCUCUCUCCACUGUUACCGAUAACCUCUGCAAGAAAUUGUACGAUUGCAUCGAGAGUGAUUUAUUGGCUCCUCUGGAGGAAGCAACUCACAGUAUCGCUCCAUAUAGGUCUAUGGGUGUGGAGAAAGCAUCAGAAUUUCCUUAAAGCUUAACUAGAUGCAAGAUGGAUGAGCAAUGGUACGAAGUUCUUGACUUGCAGCCUUUGGAUUCUUCCCUUAAGGUGAAUGCUUUUCUCAUAGUAUUUCUAGAUGCAGCUGACACAAUAGAGAGGAGAUGAUACGUUAACAUUCUACUUGGUUUUUGCUCAUAAGUACGGUCAUUGAUGACAUUUUGGCUUAAAAAGGUUCAUUUGCCAAGUGAAUGUCACAAAGGUACUCGCUGAAAGGAAAGGAAAACCAUGGCUGUAUAUGCUUUUUCGCUGCACAUAUCUCCUGACUUCGCCGCCUUUGUCAAUUUUGAUUUCUAGGUCCCUUCCUCGAAUACUUCUGACCUCAUUUUCCGCCUAUGCAUGUAACCUUUCAUGAAGCUUAUAAUCUGGAUAAACAGUAAACCCUAUAUGCUGUAUAUAUAAUAUAUUUCCUUGGUCAGCUACUAAAAUAUUGAUCAAUGGUCGUUCUUUCGAGGGUUUAACGGUGGAUGUAGAAAGCUGUUACUCAGAAAACUGUUGCUGGGGAAGGGAAGGUGAAGAGGGAUUCGAUAGUAAACUUCUAUUGUUUCAAGUUCCAUCUGAAUGCUGAAAAUUAAUUCAUUCGAACUUUUUGAA